AUGUCUGAAGGAACUUUCCCAGGUGCUAUUGGUAUCGAUUUGGGUACCACCUACUCGUGUGUUGCCGUUUACGACAAGACAGCCGGUGUUGAAAUCAUCGCUAACGAGCAAGGUAACAGAACCACCCCAUCCUACGUUGCUUUCACUCCAGAGGAGAGAUUGGUUGGUGAUGCUGCCAAGAACCAAGCUGCUUUGAACCCAACAAAUACUGUGUUUGAUGCUAAGAGAAUGAUUGGUAGAGCUUUCAACGACGAGAAUGUCCAAAAGGAUAUUAAGACCUGGCCAUUCAAGGUUAUCGACGAUGCCGGAAACCCUAAAAUUCAGGUUGAAUAUUUGGGCGAAUCUAAGACUUUCUCUGCUCAGGAGAUUUCUUCCAUGGUUUUGAAUAAGAUGAAAGAGACUGCCGAGGCCAAAAUUGGUCAGCCAAUUCAGAAGUCUGUCGUUACCGUUCCAGCAUACUUCAACGAUGCUCAGAGACAGGCCACUAAAGAUGCUGGUGCCAUUGCCGGUAUGAACGUGUUGAGAAUCAUUAACGAGCCAACCGCUGCCGCUAUUGCUUACGGUUUAGGUGCUGGUAAGACCGAGACGGAGAAGCACAUUUUAAUCUUUGACUUGGGUGGAGGUACUUUCGAUGUCUCUCUUUUGAACAUCAAGGGUGGUGUCUUCACUGUCAAGGCCACAGCUGGUGAUACUCACUUAGGUGGUCAGGACUUUGACAACAACAUGUUGGAUUUCUUCCAAAAGGACUUCAAGAAGAAGACUGGCUUGGACAUCUCUAAGGAUGCCAGAGCUUUAAGAAGAUUGAGAACAGCUGCCGAGAAGGCCAAGAGAACUUUGUCCUCUGUGACCCAAACUACAGUUGAAGUUGAUUCUUUGUCCGAUGGUGAGGACUUUUCUACUACCAUCACUAGAGCUCGUUUCGAGGACUUAAACAGCGACUUGUUCAAGUCUACUUUGAAGCCUGUCGAUCAGGUCAUGAAGGAUGGUGGUCUUUCUAAGGCCGAGGUUGAUGAGGUUGUUUUGGUCGGUGGUUCUACCAGAAUUCCAAAGGUUCAAAAGUUGUUGUCCGAUUUCUUCGAUGGUAAACAAUUGGAGAAGUCGAUCAACCCUGAUGAGGCUGUUGCUUAUGGUGCUGCCGUUCAAGGUGCUAUUUUGACUGGUCAGUCUACUUCUGACGAUACCAAGGAUUUGUUGUUGUUGGAUGUCAUUCCAUUAUCUCUCGGUGUUGCCAUGCAAGGUAAUGUGUUUGCUCCUGUUGUUCCAAGAAACACCACUGUGCCUACCAUCAAGAGAAGAACCUUCACCACUGUUGAGGACAUGCAAACUACUGUUCAGUUCCCAGUCUACCAGGGUGAGAGAGUCAACUGUGUUGAAAACACAUUGCUUGGUGAGUUCGACUUGAAGGGAAUUCCUCCAAUGCCAGCUGGUGAACCAGUCUUGGAAGCAAUCUUUGAGAUUGAUGCUAACGGAAUUUUGAAGGUUACUGCUCUUGAAAAGUCUACUGGUAAGUCUGCUAACAUUACCAUCUCCAACUCUGUCGGCAGAUUGUCUAAUGAUGAGAUUGAAAAGAUGAUCAACGAUGCUGACAAGUUCAAGAAGUCCGAUGAGGAAUUCGCUAAAAAGCACGAGGCUCACCAGAGACUCGAGUCUUACGUCUCCUCUGUCGAAUCUACUGUCACUGACCCUGUUCUUUCCGCUAAGAUGAAGAAGUCUCAAAAGAACAAAAUCGAGACUGCAUUAUCAGACGCUUUGGCUUCCUUGGAAUUGGAAGACUCUAGCGCGGAUGACUUGAGAAAGGCCGAGUUGAACUUGAAGAGAACUGUCAACAAGGCCAUGAACUCUCGUUAA